GUCAAUCUGUCAAAAUGGCACGUCAGCAGCAGGAUGUCGAUGAGCUUUUCGAUGUGAAAAAUGCGUUUUUUGUUGGAAAUUAUCAACAAGCUAUCAAUGAGGCACAAGGAAUUAGUCCGUCUACUCCACUGAUAGCUCUUCAACGUGAUACAUACUUGUACCGAUCAUACAUCGCGCAGGGCAACUACAGGAUCGUGCUGCAAGAGCUGAAGUCUGCAGAUCCCUUGCUACAGCCACUCAAGACUCUGGUGGACUACUUGUCUCCAGGGGCCAACAAGCCCGCUGUUGUUGCUGAUGUUGAUGCUAGGGUGGCAAAGGGCACGGAACUGGCAAAUGAAGUAUUCCUAACUGUAGCAGCCACUAUCUACUACCACGAGGAGAAUUAUGAAGCUGCUCUUAAGAUCCUCCACGGCGCCGAGUCCCUGGAGCUGCGAGCGUUCACCCUGCAGUGUCUGCUGGCCAUGAACCGCCCCGACCUCGCUCGUAAGCAGCUGAAACUGUUGCAGGAUGUUGAAGAUGACGGCACGCUCACACAACUCGCUCAGGCUUGGCUGAAUCUGGCUCAGGGCGGGCCGGGCGUGCAGGACGCGCACUACAGCGUGAUGGAGCUGUCGGAGCGGCUGGGCGCGCUGGGCGCGGGGCCCGCCGCCGUGGGCGCCGCCGCCGCCGCCUCCAGGGGCAUGUGGGAAGAGGCUGAGCAGAUGUUGUCGGAGGCGCAGGCGCGGUCGCCGCAGCAGCCCGACCUGCUGCUGGGGCUGGCCGUGUGCGCCGCGCACGCCGGGAAGGCGCCCGAGGUGUCAUCCCGCUACCUGGCCCAGCUGAUCGACAGCCACCCGGAGCAUCCGUUCACCAAGGACUACCAGGCCAAGAGCAACGAGUUCAAACGCCUCGCCGCACAAUACCAACCCAGUGUGGCUAGUUAGAGAGAUGUACCUUGGUCAUUAUAAAUGAAUAUUCCAUUAUCAGAGUAUGUAUUAAACUUAAAAAAUAUUAAUAUUAUAAUUGAGUUACUUUA